UAAAAGGUACCACAAAAGCUUCCACUGUGGACCUUUUGAGGCUCCUAAGAGGUACCAAAACCGCCCUUUUUAAGCCCUAACAUGUACGGCGAGCACCCCCGUCCUAUUUAUAUGGGAUUUUCCCCAGGCGGUUAGCCUGUUUACGCCGGUUAACUCUUAAUGUGGUAGAAAGUAGUCUGCAGUCUGCAUUUUACCCUCAGUCUGCAUUUUAUCCCCGGUCCGCAGUCUGGAGUCCGCAGUCUUCGUUUUACACUGACCGUAAAUUUUGUAAUGUAUCUGUAUCGAAAUCGUCUUUGAUUAUUAUAGCCAAUUGAUAUUAAAAUUGAGUGGUUUGUAUUUUGAUCACCCGCUAUCCGCCACCUGUCACUGCCGCUUGUGAAUGUGAAGCAUUGAGAACAUUUCAUGGGAUCAUACCUGGAGUACUGACUACAAGUGAGUUAACAUGGCAAGUGCUGGAGAUGUAUUCGAUGUAUGUGUUAUAGGUGCUGGUGUGGAGGGAAGCUCAACAGCCCGAUACCUCGCCUCAAGAGGGAAGAAAGCUCUUCUCUUGGAGCAGUUUCUACUUCCCCACUCACGUGGCAGUUCACAUGGUCAAAGCAGAAUAGUACGCUACGGCUAUUCACAGGCAUUUCAUACUGCAUUGAUGCCAGAGGCUUUUCAGAUGUGGGAUGAAAUUGAAAAAAAGGCUGGGAGAGCCCUUAUCAGGAAGUGUGGUUUAUUGACAGUAGAUGAACCACCCUUUGCUGAUGUAUCACAAGUAAUUAGCAAUGUGCGAGAUGUAGGACAGGAAUGUGUGCAGCUUACAGCAGAAGAGAUCAACAAACGAUUUCCAGGAUUAUCUGUAUCAUCAGAGGAAUGUGGGGCAUUAGAGCCUACCAGUGGAUUAAUUCAGGCAGAUCGUGCUGUUAAAGCGCUGCAGGAUCAAUUUGUGGAAUUUGGUGGAAUUUUGCAUGACAGUGAGAAAGUACUAGAUAUUCAACCUGGUUCUGUUAUCAGCAUACACACUACCAAGAAAUCUUACAAAGCAAAAAGUGUUGUCAUAACUGUUGGUCCUUGGGUAAACAGAGUUCUGAAGCCUCUUGGUGUUACAAUACCACUUUCUAUACAAAGGAUGAGUGUUUGUUACUGGCCUGUAGUUGAGCCUCAGUUGUACUCUCCUGACAAAUUUCCUUGCUUCAUAUUUUGUGCUUCUUGUGGAAGAAGAGACAUACAUGUCUAUGGAUUUCCAGGUUUUGAAUAUCCUGGUCUUAUUAAGAUUUGUCCUCACCAUGGUGUCGAGAUAUCUAAUCCUGACUACAGGGAUGCUUCAACAAAAGAAAAUGAUGUUAACAUUGAAAGAGUGGCAGAAGUAAUUAAAUCCUACUUUCCUGGUGUGAAACCACAGCCAAGUAUUGUGGAGACUUGUAUCUAUUCACUGACUCCUGAUCACUUGUUUGUGUUGGAUAGACACCCUGAAUUCCAGAAUAUUGUAAUUGGGGCUGGUUUUUCAGGUCAUGGUUUUAAGAUGGCGCCUGUUGUUGGUAAGAUCCUGUCACAGAUGGCGCUUGGUGAGAAGGUGCUGUAUGAUGUGCUGCCUUUCAGACUCUCCAGGUUUACGAACCAUUUAGCAAGGAAAUCUUCACUAUAGACUGUUGAAGACAAACAUUUUUAUACGUCUAACAAGUUUUGCUCCCUCUUCAAUAUUUAUGAUUCACAGAGAGCUGAGACUCGAUUAUGAGCUCGAGGUUUCUAUCGCGUGACAGCUGACGAGGGCGCAGCCUGAGUCAACUAUCACGUAUAG